ACAUACGCUUGGUGAAUGAAUGUAUAGAUAUAGAGAGAGAAAGAGAGAUCUAAGAGCGCUGGGCCUUAUCGGUGCCCCAAAGACCCUAGAGGCGGCCACGAUUAUCCACUUCCCGCCCAAAAACCGAACACUUACUGAUAUUCUUCCUGGAAUCGAAACCCAUUUUGUUCAAAAAGAAAGCAAUAAAUUCCAAUUCGAUUGAGCUUCGCGUUUGCCCUGCAAGUGGAUCUCUUUGAAGGGGGGAGGGGCGGGGUUUUUCUUUCCGCCCCUUCGCGAUCAUCAAAUUUGAUUGGGUUUCGCUCUGCUACUUUUGUGAUGAAUUUUGGUUUUAGGGUUUUGAUUGUGAAAUGGCUGGAUGGUCAAAAAGAGUUGGUGGGUCGGGUCUAGAAUGCUUGAGGUCACAUGAAAAGCCACAGGAGAAACCUGCUUCUGAAGUGGGGGUUAAAGACUCUAGGAAGGAGGUUGAGGGAGAAAAAAUCAAUACCGAGAUUGGGAUUCAGUUUAAUAAAUUUGUCACUCAUUUGCUUAAAGAAGCACACGGUCCUCGGUGUUUUAGGCCGAUGCCUCCCAUGCUUGGGAAUGAGAAAGCUGUUGAAUUGUUUAAGCUCUAUGUUGUUGUGAGGGGGAGAGGUGGGUACAGGGCCGUUUCAAGGAGUGGGCAGUGGGAUGUAGUUGCUAAGGAAUGUGGGUUUGAUUUUCGGGCUGGGUUGCCUUUGAAAUUGGUUUAUGCCAAGUAUCUGGAUUCACUUGACAGGUGGCUGCAGAAGCAUAUUGAGGAGCGGGAGGGCGAUGCAAGGCUAAUUGACAUGGAUGUUGGUGGGAUAUCAAUGAGCAUUGAACCAAGUUUCUUGGAUAUCAUUGGGAAAAUUUUGGAAAUGGAGACGGGCAGUGAGAUUGUCAAUGCUGACUUGGAGAAUUCCAAUGCUGCUGUUGAUCGUGGAAAUGAACCGCAAUCAGUAACUAUUAAAGCAAACAUUAGUGUAAAAUGUGGUAAGGAUGAUAACGGACCUGUCUCCACUUUGCCAAAGGAGGAAGAUAAUGUUGGCAGGAAGAGGAAAUUGGAAUCUUGCUUGGAUAUGUUAAACUGGGUUCUUAAGGUUGCAAAGGAUCCUACGAACCUAUCAAUUAAGCCAUUACCUGAUGUUUCCAAGUGGAAGUCUUAUGGGACUGAUGAGAUGUGGAAGCAAGUUCUGGUGCUGAGAGAGUCAAUGCUCUUGAAAAGGGACACAAGUUUAAGCCACCAAAAUUCUGUUUGGCAGAGGUCACAGAGGAUUCAUCCCACAAUGUAUGAGGAUAGGAAUCCUCCAUCUGAUAGAGUAAGAUGCAGCCCAAGGCUAGUUUUUGCAAAAGACGAUUCUUCCAAAAAGAAACGCACACAUCUUGCUACUGGAUCAACAUCAACAAGUGUUCAGAGUGAUGAUGAUCCCAGCGACACCCAAGUUGACUCUACCGAAGAUUUAGACGUGGGUCGUUGGUGGAACCUGCGUCGCAGGCAACGGACACCUGUUGGACCAAAUUUCCAAGCAGACAUUCCGGAAUGGACCGGUGAGAUCACAGAAAGUGAUUCUAAAUGGUUGGGAUUCCAAAUUUGGCCUUUACCGAAAGGCGAGAAACGUGGAAUGUUCAUUGAAAGAGAGUCUAUUGGAAAAGGAAGGCGAGAUAGUUGUGGCUGCCGAAUCCCGGGUUCCUUGGAGUGUGUUAAGUUCCAUAUUGCUGAGAAAAGGCUAAAUUUGAAAUAUGAAUUGGGAUCUGCCUUCUAUCUAUGGAAACUUGAUUGUGCAGGCGAGGAUGUUGCAUUGCUUUGGACCAAAGGAGAAGAAAAGAAGUUUGAGGAUAUAGUGAAAUCGGAAUCUCUGGCAUCACCAAGCAAGUCUUUCUGGGAUGAAAUAUUUAAGCAGUUCCCUAGGAAGAGUAGAGGCUCACUUGUAAGCUACCAUUUUAAUGUUUUCCUUCUAAGACGCCGAGCUCACCAGAAUAGGUUCACACCAACAGAAAUUGACAGUGAUGAUGACGAUGAACAGUGUGGUCCGAGGGCAAACUUUUUUGGACGGGAGGGCACUAAGCCUUCAAACUCCAUCUUCUGUUCUCCAAAGAAGUGAGCCCAGAGUCCUCCAGAGUCCAGACAGUACAUAUGGUUUCAUUAUGCUCUACUGAAUGGUUCAUAUUUGUAAAUUGCACAAGUCUUAAAAGUGGCUUUACUCUUGACAUUUUUUGGGGGUAGUUGGAAUACGUUUGGGGUCGCCCGAUGGGCAUUUAAAGGUUUGCCCAUUUCAUUGGUGUUUGGAUGGAUAGCUUCCUUAAACACAUAUACUGAAAACCUGAUAGCCACAUAAGGAAAUUUUUGCAUUGUUAUGGUCAUCAUGGCUCCCCAUGGUUUUUACCACAGUGACUGCUCAUUGGUGAGUUACUACUGUACAUUGUU